AGCCAUCGUUGGUGUUUGGAAACCUUUCAGCCUUGCGAAGAUUUUUCUCCAUUGAUUUGAAAGGAAGUACAAAAUGUCCGAAGAAAAUAAGGAAGUCAAACCGGAGUCAGAACAUAUCAAUCUGAAAGUCAUAGCCCAGGAUAAUACUGAAGUCCAUUUCAAAAUUAAACGUACAACGCAACUUAAAAAGUUAAAGCAAGCUUUCUGUGACAGACAAGGUGUCGCUCUAAAUUCACUACGAUUUUUGUUUGAUGGCCAGAGGAUUACAGAUGACCAGACACCAAAAGAUCUUGAAAUGGAGGAUGAUGAUGUGAUUGAGGUGUACCAAGAACAAACUGGGGGCUGCAGUUGAAAUAUUAUUAAAUAGAAACAGGACGUCUUGCUACCAUUCAACAUACAGGCGGGAGAAGUAAUUUUUACAGUGGCCAGUGAACUCAACAUUUUAUUUCGUCAUGUGUACAGUCGUUGUAGAAUAUCAAGGUUGACUUAUUCAGAAAUAUUAACCACGUAAUAAGGAUAUAAGCUGUUAUUAUUUAGCAAUUCUUAUUAUUACAUGGGUCGUGUA